UAACGCAAAGUUCUCGUCACAAACGUUCUACUCAAGCUAUAAAGUCUAUUUCUUUAGGCGAGACAAGCGUGAACUGCGCUGAGAUUUGGGAAGGAAUCUUUAUUGUUCAGAUCCCUCCUCCUUCUUGGGAAGUGGGAGGACCCGAGAAGUUCCUCGCAAAAGGGAGAAUUGUUCCAGGACUCAGUCAUCCAAAAACGUCCUUUCAAUGCAAGAACUUGGGGAGCCGAAGAAAAUGUCGGUGCUGCUGCAGCAGUGAAUUACUGAAGCAGUAGCGGUUUGCGGGGUAAAGAAGGUUAGGAAUUGCAGUUUUCUUGGAUUAAACAACGAGAAACAUUGGAAAAAGUCAACCAAAGAAAAACUACUGGAUUCAACUCCGAACUACUGCACGUUUUUGGGGUAGUGUAUGGAAGAUGUCUGGGAUAUUGGAUUGGAUACCCUGGGAAAGAAAGCGGAAGAUUCGAGUGCUGUGUGCCCUGGGUGCGCUGCUGUGCUGCCUGCAGGAUAGUGCAGCUGUUAGAGAUGACUUCCCAAUCUUCACUGAGGAGCCUCUCUCUGUGGUACAGAAACUGGGGGGCAGCGUGACCCUGCGCUGCAGCGCCCUACCCAACCAUGUCAACAUCAGCUGGCGUCUGAACGGCAGAGAGCUGCCAAAUGGGGGCGACGAAGAGCUGGGAUUGCUGGUGCAGCCCGGUUCGCUCUUCAUCCCCUCCCUUACUAACCUCACCGUGGGCAGAUACCAGUGUGUGGCCACCACCAGGGUCGGGUCCUGUGCUAGCGUGCUGGCCAACGUUACUGCAGCUAAACUGCGUGAUUUUGAGCCAGAUGACCAGCAGGAGAUUGAGGUGGAUGAAGGGAACACAGCAGUGAUUGAAUGCCAUCUGCCUGAGAGUCAACCCAAAGCUCAGGUCCGCUACAGUGUCAAACAGGAGUGGCUGGAGACUUCUAAAGGGAAUUACUUGAUCAUGCCAUCAGGAAACCUUCAGAUAGCCAAUGCUACACGGGAUGAUGAGGGUCCCUACAAAUGUGCUGCUUACAACCCUGUCACCCAGGAAGUAAAAACUUCCACCUCUACCGAUCGUCUUAGAAUACGACGUUCGACAUCUGAGGCCGCACGUAUCAUCUAUCCACCUGCGUCUCGGUCCAUUAUGGUGAAUAAAGGCCAGCGGCUUGUGCUUGAGUGUGUGGCCAGCGGCAUUCCCACUCCACAUGUCACAUGGGCCAAGGAUGGUCUGGACUUGCGAAAUCAUAACAACACCCGCUUCUUGCUUAGCAACUUGUUGAUUGAUGCUGUAAGCGAGAGCGACUCGGGCACUUACAUGUGUCACGCUGAUAACGGCAUGGGCUCUGCGAGUUCUGCCAGGGUGCUGUACGACGUGCAGGUGUUUGAGCCUCCCCAGGUGCGUGUGGAGCUGCAGCAGCAAGACGUUGCAUGGGGCGACACGGUGCGUUUCAGCUGUCAGGUGAGGGGCAAGCCUGUGCCCACUGUGGUGUGGCUCCACAACGCUCAGCCCCUGAGCCCGUCACCACGGCAUCGGAUGUCCUCACAGGUGCUGCGUGUGCUCAACGUUGGGCCGCAGGACGAUGGCAUGUACCAGUGCAUGGCGGAAAACGGUGUGGGCAGCUCACAGGCAGCCACAAGACUCCUUACUGUCCCGACAGUGCCCUCACGGUCAGGUAAGCUGCCCCUGAUUCGACCGCUGAGCCCAGAUAAGGUGUUGCGGGAACAGUCACCCUUGAAGCCUGUGGCCACCAGUGCUGUGCUGCCUUUUGACUGCUCUGAGAUCAGAGUCUCCCUCGCUGAAGCGCCAGUCAUCCUGAGUCAGCCACGCACGGGAAAGGCCGACUACUACGAACUUACCUGGAAACCCCGUCAUGAUGGAGGAGCCCCUGUGCUGGAGUAUGUCGUCAAGUACAGAAAGGCUGGAGAAUCUCCCGGAGAGUGGACCACUAACACCAUUUCGGGCUCCCAGCAGAAGCUUACACUGACCAAACUGCAGCCCACCAGUCUCUAUGAAGUGGAGAUGGCCGCUAAGAACUGCGCUGGAAUUGGGCAGCCUGCGAUGAUGACUUUCAGAACAGGCAAAUGGCGAAGAGGAGGACCCAUAGGCCCCCAAAAAACACCAGUGGUGCCACCUCGUCUCUCGCCUCCAGAAGCUCCAGACAGACCCACUGUCUCCAUGGCCACAGAGACCUCAGCCUAUGUGACGUGGAUCCCUCGUGGGAACCGCGGAUUCCCCAUCCAGUCGUUCCGUGUGGAGUACAAGAAAUUGAGGAAAGGCAGUGGAGAGUGGGAGGUGGCUGUGAACAACAUCCCUCCCUCUCGCCUCUCAGUCGAGAUAACAGGCCUGGAGAAAGGAACAUCAUACAAGUUCAGAGUUUUGGCCGUUAAUGUGUUGGGAGCGAGUCCACCAAGCGCUCCCUCUAAAGCCUACACAGUGGUGGGCAGUGGUCCACCAAACCGACGUCCCAUUGAUGGACCCUACAUCACCUAUAAUGAAGCCAUCAAUGAGACCACAAUCAUCCUGAAGUGGACGUACACACCGGUCAAUAACACUCCCAUUUAUGGCUUCUACAUCUUCUACCGACCCACCGAUAGCGACAAUGACAGCGACUACAAAAAAGACGUAGUGGAAGGUGACCGAUAUUGGCAUUCCAUCACUGACCUACAGCCUGAGACGGCUUAUGACAUUAAAAUGCAGUGUUUCAACGAAGGAGGCGAGAGUGAGUUCGGAAAUGUCGUCAUCAUGGAAACUAAAGCUCGCCUUCACCAGAGGACCACACCUCCAGAGACAGCGUCGUCCAGGCCCGACCAUCCAGGAAACCCUGUUCCCCGGCCUGGUGAUCUGCCUUACCUCAUUGUGGGCGUUGUUCUCGGAGCGUUUGUUUUCAUCAUUGUGGCCUUCAUCCCAAUCUGUCUGUGGAGGGUUUGGGCCAAACAAAAACAAACUUUAGACAUGCGCUUUCCAACAUUGGCAGCUACAGUUUCUCCAUGCCAGUACACCAUGGUACCUCUGCAAGGAUUGGCUCUUGGUCGACCCUGUCCUGUAGACCCCCACCUGACCCCUGCCCACACCGUCUACGCUCCAAAAGGAGAAUACAUUCCCAAUGGGAAACACACUAAACGGUGCCUUCCUGGACUCCAGGAGGAUGCUGGCUAUGAGCUGGAGUGUGAUGCGUUGUUGCCUCAGAAACUUCCCAAUCCACAACCACAUAUCCACAAUUACUGUAAUGGGGUGCCUGGCUGUCCUGAAGAGGGAUGCUGUGUGCCUGAUGAUUCCCCCUUGCAGGUCCUUAGUUUAUCGGAUCCUACGCAGCCAUCUCAGAGUCCUGACUCCAUGCAGGUCGAUCACUCCCUCACUGAAGCAGAUCACAUGGAAGGGGAGCUCACUGCCGACUUGUCCCUGUUAACAACAGUUGAUGCGGGCAUAAACCGGUUGCUCCAAGAUGCUGAGCAACAGGAAGUGGAAGCAACUCGAAACAUGAAACAGCUUGAGGAACAAGGGACACACAAACCAAAAGAUGGAUGAAACUGUAGAAAAUAAGCAAGAAAAAAUAGAAAAUAUUUAUUUUUGUA